AUGAGACGUGCGGACCCCGAUGUUGGCUCUUCCAGUCGGAAGCUUAUCGUGAUCUUAGAUCAGGCUUGUUUAGAAUCUGUUAAAGGUGCCGGUGGGAAAGAAUAUCAGUUACUAAAUCCAGAUAAGCACAAAGAUAGAAUUGUUAGAGCUGGUCGUGAUGUCGCAACGGUUCGACCGGAUAUAACACACCAGUGUCUCCUCAUGCUUAUGGACAGUCCACUCAACAGAAUGGGAUUGCUACAGGUGUAUAUAAGGACGCAGAAGAAUAUUAUAAUUGAAGUCAAUCCCAAGACAAGAAUACCGAGAACUUUUGACAGAUUUUGUGGACUGAUGGUACAAUUACUUCACAAAAUGUCCAUACAUGCCUCUGAAGGGAGUCAUGAAAAGCUACUUAAGGUUGUAAAAAAUCCGAUAACUCGUUACUUCCCUGCUGGCUGUUACAAAAUCGGAACAUCAUUUUCUGCCGAGAAGGUAGUUAGGCCCAAUGAAAUCCCCCAUAUGGUAAAAUCUGGGACUUCGGAGUCUAUGGUGGUUGUCAUCGGCGCAAUGGCGCAUGGUUCGGUUGUUUCAACUGCUGGAGAUUUCCUUGAUGAGGUUGUUUCAAUUAGUCGGUUCCCCCUUUCCGGUGCUCAAGCAUGUUCCCGCAUUUGUACUGCAUUUGAGGAGGCUUGGGAUGUUGAAAACUUUGAGCCUUCUGCAAAGCGGCCAAAGGUGGACUAA